ACUCCUCCCUGAGGAAGAGACAUGUCAGUUAAGAUGGAAGGAAUAAGAAAGGGCCAGCCAUGAGAGAGUGAUGAAGAGUAGUAAGCCAAAUGCCCUAAGGUCAGAAAGAUGUGUUUGAGCAAAUGAUAAAGGUCAGUGUGGCUGGAGCACAGGAAGGUUGGAAAAAGUAGUGUGUGAAACAGCGAAAGACUAGCCCUGGAACUGAUCAUGCAGGGCCUUGUAGAUCAUGGCAAAGAGGAUGGCUUUUCCUUUAAACAUGGGAAAGCUAUUGACAGAAAGUCAAAAUUAUAAAAGAUCUGUCCCCUAUGAUGUGAUUUAGAAACAUGAGUUAGGGAUGAUCACAGCUUGGACUAGGUUGGUGACAUUCUCUGUGAGAUGCACAGAGAAGCAAGUAGAAGAGUCAUCUGUUUUGAAGAUAAAAAGUAUAGGCUGCUAGUGACUCGUUGGUCUGGUGGUCCCAGAGUAAUCCCGGCGGCCAGUGGGGAAGACAAGGAGGGUUUGAGCAUGGCAGAAGGAGACACCCUGAUAUCAGUGGGUUAUGAAAUUUUUGGGAAGGUGCAAGGGGUGUUUUUCCAUAAGCAUACUCAGGCUGAGGGUAAAAAGCUGGGAUUGGUAGGCUGGGUCCAGAACGCUGACCGGAGCACAGUGCAAGGACGAUUGCAAGGUCCCAUCUUCAAGGAGCAUCAUAUGCAGGAAUGGCUUGAAACAAGGGGAAGUCCCAAAUCACACAUCGACAAAGCAAACUUCAACAAUGAGAAAGUUAUCUUAAAGCUGGAUUACUCAGACUUCCAAAUUAUAAAAGAAUGGCCUGAAUUUAAGUUUUCUAAGAUAAACUCAGUGGUUUGGUUUUUCUUGUUAAUAGAGAUAGAACUAUUGUGUGUUAAUAUUAGUAUUAGUCAAUAAGUUAUUUUAGUGUCAGAUAUUUGAAUGUUAUUAUAUAUUACCUGUAUGAUGGAAGGAUUACAGCUGUACACAAAUCUAAUCAAUAAAAACUUUAGAACC